GACAAGAAGUCUACAUAUAUGAUGCAGAUUGUAUAUUGAAAUGUUAUCGAAGAAUAACUUAAAAUAUUUCAAGUGAUUUUUGUUGAUUUUCCUACAUAAUUGUUUUUUUUAACGUAUACUUAAGGUACUUGAAAUGGGUUGGAUAUUAGAGGUAGCCAAGAUGUUUCUCUAUUUAUCGUUUCCUGUUGGAGUAUUUCACUAUGUCAAUCAGCCAGCCUAUUUUGAUAAGUGGGUGAUACAAGCAAAAAAGGAGUACUUUCCAGUCCAGAGUAAACAGGUGUUUGAGGAGAUGAAUGACUUUAUUCAUGACUUUAAUGCUGAAGUUGAAAAGAAAUAUUUGGAUGCUAUGGAGAGGCAGAGUAAAAAUAAACAGUGAAG